AUGGACUCUCACCGGCGCAGGCUCGCUGACCUGGUGGUGGAUCUCAUCCCCACCAAAGUGCUUCAACAGCGUGCUCAUGCCGCCGACAGCAAAGGGGCGGCCACGGCCACCUCAACCAUCUCUCCCUACCACUCCAAUCUUGACGGUGUCAACCAGCCUGUCAACAUGCUGUUCAAGGACAUGCUCUGGGCCAGCUUCGGUGGCAUGGCCGUCCUCGUCCUCGUCAUCACCGUUAGUCGUAUUCUCUGGGCCCAGCUCCGCCACGUCUCGGCCAUGUCGGUCGAGGGUGAGAGACAAAACUACUGGAAGACGGCUCAGUGGAACUGGAUGCCCAGUUUGAAGAAGCAUCUCAUAUACGCCCCCCUUUGGAAGAAGCGUCACAACAAGGAGAUCAAGCUUUCCAACGCUAUUGGCAUCGGCACGUUGCCCUCCCGCAUGCACACCGUCAUCCUUGGUUUCUACCUCGCCAGCAACAUGGUCUACAUGUUCUUCCUGAACUGGGAAAACGCUAACAUCUACUCGUUCUGCGCCGAGCUCCGUGGCCGAUCUGGUACUCUCUCCGUCGUCAACAUGGUGCCGCUCAUCAUCCUUGCUGGCCGCAACAACCCGCUCAUCGGCAUGCUUCAUGUGAGCUUCGACACCUACAACCUCCUUCACCGAUGGAUCGGCCGCAUGUCCGUUAUUGAGGCUGUCAUCCACACCAUCGCCUGGUUGAUUGUGCAGAUUGCCGACAGUGGAUGGGAAGGAGUUUGGCAUAGAAUGUCCAACGAGCUCUUCAUCGGCUCCGGCGUGGCCGGCACUAUCUCCCUUAUCGUCAUCAUGAUCCUCUCCUUCUCGCCGGUCCGCCACGCCUUCUACGAGACCUUCCUCAACGUUCACAUCAUCUUGGCUUUCUUCAUCUUCCUGAUGACGUACAUUCACUGCGCCGUCGCCGGUCUGCCGGGUGGUCUUCCCCAGCUUCCAUGGAUGAUUGCCAUUUUUACCCUGUGGUUCCUCGAGCGCAUGGCACGCAUCGUUCGCGUCGCCUACAUGAACUGGUCCGACCGUGGCGUCACUGACGCCAUCGUCGAGGCCGUUCCCGGCGAGUGCACUCGCGUCACCAUGAACCUGCCGCGCUACGUCGACGUCAAGCCCGGCACCCACGCUUACCUGCGCUUCAAGGACAUCCGCCCCUGGGACUGCCACCCCUUCUCCAUCGGCUGGGUUGAGCACAUUCCCGACCACCGCGCGCUACCGCUAGACGAGGAGAAGGCUCAACUCACCUCCAUCGACAAGAAGAACACGACAACUUCGGUCUCCUUCAUCAUCGGCGCCCACACUGGCUUCACUCGCGAUCUCUAUAACGUCGCCCGUCAGAGCGGGGACCGUGCUAUUCGCAUGAAGGCUGUUGUCGAAGGACCCUACUCCGGGCACCACUCUCUCGACUCAUACGGCCAUGCCGUUCUCUUCGCCGGUGCCACUGGCAUCACCCAUGCCAUUUCCUACCUGAAGCCUCUCAUUGACGGCUACAACAACGGUAGCGUAGCCACGAGACGCAUCACCCUCGUCUGGAUCGUCCGCGACUACGAGGCCCUCGAGUGGGUUCGCCCGUGGAUGGAUACUAUCCUCCGCCUGCCCAACCGCAAGGACAUUCUCCGCAUCCAACUCUACAUCACGCGUCCCCAGAACUCGCAGCAGAUCGUCUCAGCUUCCAAUACAGUCCAGAUGUUCCCGGGUCGCCCCAACAUCCCUCUGCUGAUGAAGCGUGAGGUCGCAGAGCAGCAGGGUGCCAUGUGUGUACACAUUUGUGGACCUGGUGCCUUGGCUGAUGAUGUGAGAUCUGCUGUACGAGAGGUUCAGGACGAAGGCACAGUGGUUGACUUUGUUGAGGAGAGUUUCACGUGGUAA